AUGCCCCUCUACCUCCAUCCAGAGGAGGCCAGCAGCUGGCUCCUUGGCACCGCCAGCCUGCAGUCCCCAGAAGCCCUCCUGCUUGCCUGGCAGAGCUUCCACCGGAAGCACCCUGCAGUGGGGUGGGUGGGAGUGUGGGUGAGCCGACCUGGAGGCCCUUGGCUGACACCAUAUGCCCCCGAUCCCCAGGAGGUGGAGGAUGAUUACAUCAAGAGCUGGGAGGACAGUCAGCAAGGAGAUGAAGCCCUGGACACCACCAAGGACCCCUGCCAGAAGGUGAAGUGCAGCCGCCACAAGGUGUGCAUCGCCCAGGGUUUCCAGCGGGCCAUGUGCAUCAGCCGCAAGAAGCUGGAGCACAGGAUCAAGCAGCCUGCCCUGAAACUCCACGCAAACAAAGAUACCGCCUGCAAGCCCUGCCACAUGGCCCAGCUGGCCUCCGUCUGCGGCUCUGACGGCCACACUUACAGCUCCGUGUGUAAGCUGGAACAGCAGGCCUGUCUGAGCAGCAAGCAGCUGGCCGUGAGAUGUGAGGGCCCCUGCCCCUGCCCCACGGAACAGGCCACCGGCUCCACCACGGAUGGCAAAGCAGAGACCUGCACGGGUCAGGACCUGGCCGACCUGGGGGAUCGACUGAGGGACUGGUUCCAGCUCCUCCAUGAGAACUCCAAGCAGAACGGCUCAGCCAGCAGCGGAGGCGGCCCGGCCAGUGGCCUGGACAAGGUCCUGGGGGCCAGCUGCAAGGACUCCAUCGGCUGGAUGUUCUCCAAGCUGGACACCAGCGCCGACCUCUUCCUGGACCAGACGGAGCUGGCCGCCAUCAACCUGGACAAGUACGAGGUCUGCAUCCGCCCUUUCUUCAACUCCUGCGACACCUACAAGGACGGCCAUGUCUCCACCGCCGAGUGGUGCCUCUGCUUCUGGAGGGAAAAGCCCCCCUGCCUGGCGGAGCUGGAGCGCAUCCAGAUCCAGGAGGCCGCCAAGAAGAAGCCAGGAGUCUUCAUCCCGAGCUGCGACGAGGACGGCUACUACCGCAAGAUGCAGUGCGACCGGAGCGGGGGCGACUGCUGGUGUGUGGACCAGCUGGGCCUGGAGCNGGCCGGGACCCCCAGCACAGCAGGCCCCCCCCCUGUGCGGAGCUGGGCGGGGCGUGGAGCGGAGUGGGUGGCCUGCAGGGAGAGCAGCCGCUGCAAAUCCAGGCAGAGCUCUUAGGGGCACAGACACCCCAGCCUCUUUCUGUGGCUCCGGGGUGAGGGCCAUUCCCUUAGAGCCGUGGGUGGUGACAUAGUGAGCUCUGCCUGGCCACGUGGGGGGCACCUGCUCCCGUCCCCCUGGCUGGGGCCCCCUGGUCCACUCUGGGAGCCUGAGGAUCGGGCAGCGGUGAGGAGCCUGACCCCUCAGUAAUGCUCCCCUCCCCACAGACCAGUAGGAAGGCUGACCCAGAGCCCCUGCGAGGGGAGCAGUGAAACGGCAACCUUCCUGCCUGAGACCACGGCCUUUUCCCAUCUCCCUCAGGGGGAGACGCUCCUGUGCCUGGGCCAUUUCCUGCCCCUCCCCUCGCAGCCCCCGCGGCUUCCUGUGUCCCCUCUGAGGGCCCCCACGGCUGCUCUGGGGAGGGGGGCCUCUCCACUCUCUGAAUCCAGGGGGGAGGGACGGACCAGCCAGGCACUGAGGCCACGCCUCGCAUUCCCCCAAAUCUCUCCACCAGGAGGGAGCCAGGGUGGAAGAGACGGUGUUGUGCUCCCCGUCAACCUGCCCAGUUCUCCCUGCUGAAGCGAACCCCUAACACCAUUGGCGAAGCAUUUCUUACCCAGACCGGGCCUCUGAUGCUGUUCAGUGUGUGGUGAGGGCAGUGUGAGCGUGUAUGUGUGUGUGUGCUAUGUGUGUUUAUGUGUGUGUAUAUGUAUGU